AUGAUACCCAUUAGGGCGCAGCUUCUAGAAGAACAUAAGAAGAGUCUGAGGAGGAGAUGUGAACGUGUGACUGAAGGAAGUGAUGAAGCAGGAGGAGGAAGCCUCCUCAACAGGAUCGACACUGAGCUCCACAUCACAGAGGGACUCAGUGAGGAGCUUCAGAGGGAACCUGAGCUGAAGCAGCUGGAGACAGCUUCCAGGAAGGAGAGCCUCCAUCACACUGCCAUCAGGGUUCAGGACAUCUUCAAAGCCUCGGCCCAGCAGGUCAGACACAUCCGAGUGGUUCUGACCAGCGGCGUGGCCGGCAGUGGAAAAACCUUCUCGGUGCACAAGUUCAGUCUGGACUGGGCCGAGGGCCUGGAGAACCAGGAUGUCAGUGUGCUGGUGGUGCUCUCCUUCAGGGAGCUGAACCUGCUGGGAGAGCGGCCGUACAGUCUCCUCUCGCUGCUGGCUGUUUUCCAUCCCACGCUCCAGAGGGUGACGGCAGAGGAGCUGGCCGUCUGCAAGCUGCUGUUCAUCUUGGACGGCCUGGAUGAAAGCAGACUUUCUCUGGACUUCAACAGUAGCCAGCGGCUGCUUGACGUCUCCCAGCAGUCUUCAGUCAGCCUGCUGAUCGCUAACCUCAUCCGGGGGGAUCUGCUGCCCUCGGCUCGGGUCUGGAUCACUUCCCGACCGGCGGCGGCCCAUCAGAUCCCUCCAACAAGUGUGGACAGACUGACAGAAGUGCGAGGCUUCACUGACGCCCAGAAGGAGGAGUACUUCAGGAGGAGGCUGAGUGAUGAGGAGCUGAGCAGCAGAAUCAUCUCCCACAUCCAGACCUCCAGGAGCCUCCACAUCAUGUGUGGAAUCCCAGUCUUCUGCUGGAUCACUGCUACAGUUCUGGAGCACAUGUUGAGCAGCGAGCAGAGAGGAGAGCUGCCCCAGACCCUGACUGACAUGUACUCCCACUUUGUGCUGGUUCAGACACACAGGAAGAAGCUCAAGUACCAUGAAGGACCUGAGACGGGUCCACAGGAGCUGACGGAGGCUGACAGGGAGCUUCUUCUGAAGCUGGGCAGGAUGGCCUUGGAACAUCUGGAGAAAGGAAACAUGGUGUUCUACCAAGAAGACCUGGAGCAGUGUGGUAUGGAUGUGACUGAGGCCUCGCUGUUCUCUGGAAUCUGGGCUCAGAUCUUCAGAAGAGAGUCUGUGAUCUUCCAGAAAGUCGUCUACAGCUUCGUCCAUCUGAGUGUUCAGGAGUUUCUGGCUGCAGUCUUCAUGUUCCACUGUUUCACCAGCGGGAAGACAGACGUACUGAAGACCUUCAUCGGAGAGGAAGAUGAGGAUGAGGAUUUUGCAUUUGCAUCUUGGAUCUUUCAGAUCGAGGAUGAUGAUGAUGAUGAUGAUGAUACUUUCCAGUCUUUGGACAAAUUCUUGAUGAAGGUUCUUGAGAAAUCCCUCAGGAGUCAGAACGGCUACCUGGACCUGUUUGUCCGCUUCCUUCAUGGCCUCUCUCUGAAAUCCAACCAGCGACUCUUAGAAGGUCUGCUGGGUCGGACAGAGAUCAGUCCAGAAACCAUCCAGAGAGUCAUCCAGAACCUGAAGGAGAUCUACAGUGAUAAAAUGCCUCCUGAGAGAAGCAUCAACAUCUUCCACUGUCUGACGGAGAUGAAGGACCUCUCAGUUCAUCAGGAGAUCCAAGAGUUCCUGAAGUCAGAGAACAGAUCAGAGAAGAGACUCUCUGAGAUCCACUGCUCAGCUCUGGCUGACAUGCUGCAGAUGUCAGACCAGGUCCUGGAGGAGUUGGACCUGGAGAAGUACAACACAUCAAAGGAGGGACGACGGAGACUGAUCCCAGCUGUGAGGAACUGCAGGAAGUUUCGAAUUUUUCACUGUAGGCUGGUUGACUUUGACUAUGAAAUGAUCUCCUCAGCUCUGAAGUCUGACCCCUCCCAUCUGAAACAUCUGGACCUGAGUAACAACAAACUGAAGGAUUCAUCAGUGAAGAUUCUGUUUUCUGGACUGGAGAGUCCAAACUGUAAACUGGAGACUCUGAGGUUGGAGGACUGCAGGAUGUCAGAGAUCAGCUGUUAUUCUGUGACCUCAGCUCUGAAGUCCAACCCCUCCCUCCUGAAACAUCUGGAACAUCUGGACCUGAGUGUGAACCAUCUGCAUGAUUCGGCAGUUGAGCAGCUGUGUGGUUUUCUGCAGAGUCCACUCUGUCGUCUGCAGACUCUGAGGUUGUGGUACUGCAGGAUGUCAGAGAUCAGCUGUUCUUCUGUGGCCUCAGCUCUGAAGUCCAACCCCUCCCUCCUGAAACAUCUGGAUCAUUUGGAUCUGGGUUACAACCCUCUUCAGGAUUCAGGAGUUUCUCAGCUGUGUGGUUUUCUGGAGAGUCCACUCUGUCGUCUGCAGACUCUGAGGUUGUGGAACUGCAGUUUGUCAAAGAUCAGCUGUUCUUCUCUGGUCUCAGCUCUGAAGUCCAACCCCUCCCACCUGAAAGACCUCGACCUGGAUUGGAACCGUCUGCGGUCUCCAGAUGUGCAGCAGCUGGUUGAUCUCCAGCAGAGUCCAGACUGCAGCCUGCAGACUCUGAGGUGGAGCAGAUGGCAGAGCUUCAUCCAGCAGUGAGCGACAGAGGAACCAGCAGAAGAUCUGCAGUGUGAAGAGCUGUGAGAGUCCAGCAUCGAACCAGGGUUCCUCUGAAUGUGACUCACUGGUUAACAGGAGAGUUCCAUGUUAAAACAGUUGCAGAUCUGUUCCAGACAAAGACAGAUGGUGUUUGACUCCAUGAAUCAGUUUAUAAUAAUGACAGACUUCAGAGCUUUGCUUCAGUAACAGUGAAGCUCCUUUUCUGACCAAAUCAAAUGAUUCCUGGAUUCCAUCAGUGGAUCCUGAACACUGUGUCUACAUAUCCAGGUCUGGAGUCAAGAAGUCAAGUCUGCUUCAGAGAAUCUGCCUGGGAUUGGAAAAUGGCUUGUUUGUAGAAAAAAAAAAAAGCUGAUGAACAAAAAGAAAUUCAAUUUGGUUUCGAUAUGCCUGUUUGUACAUGUGUGUGUUGGUGUGCAGCAGGGGUGGACAGCACCGUUUGUCUGCUCUCGAUGUGUGUGUGUCUUUGUCUGGUUGUUUGUUGAUUUGUGUGAGUGUGUUCUGUCAAAACCACCUGUGAGCUGGCUCCGCCUCCCAGGCCCCAUCAAGGAGGAGAAAGACCAGUUGGAACUAACCACCUGGUCCAUGUCCCCAGCCGGCUGGGUGUGGGGGAAACACCUGUGUUGCAGCCUUCCUGCACAUGAAGCAGGUCACAGCUCUCCCGAACUGGUUAUGAAACGAGGUGUUCCUCUCUGGGAUUAAUCUGUGCAAAAGAACAACUGUGGAUGGACAGCUGGUAAGCCCUGCAAUAACCGGGGGUUGUGUCAAUAUCUCUGCUGGCUUAAAGGAGAAAUGUUUGUUCUGGAGUGCCUGGGACAUUUUGGUUUCAAAUGCAAACUUGAAGUUUCAUGAUUUUUUUCCCCCCCAUUGAACUGCAAAGUUUGUGCUGAUCACAAGAUUUAAACAAGAAUCAAUACUUAUUUAAGAUGUUGAUGAAGUUUAAGUGGAAAAAGUCACUAAAAAGGAACUUUAAGAGAACGCCCUGUGGAAACGCUUUUGAUGUAUUAAUGCAUUUGUUUGCUACCUCUGUUUAAACUAAGUUAAAGUUUUAAGAUUACGUCAAUAUUCUUUAGUUCUUGAUAGCCAGAUCGUUAUUAGUCGUCAUAGUACUUUGAAUGCAACUGUGACCGAGUAAUUCGUCAACCAAAAAAAAUGUCCAAAGAAAAUGAAACCUGGAUACCCAAAACAAUUACUAUAGAGCUCUCUAAAAAAGAAAAGUUAAAAAUGUGAUCCUCAAGUGGCAUGUGUGCUGGAUGACGGUGCUGGACCUGUCCUGGGACCCUGAGGUAACGGCUUGACUCCGGUCCACUCGCUCCGUGAGCAGGAAGACCGAAGUGAUGACUUCAAAUGUGAAAUGCAAGACGGCUCGUGGAGACCGACUACUGCUCGGUCAUGUCUUCUCCCCACGCAGUGUUCAAGCAGUGCAUGCGUGUUUGUGUGUGUGUGUGUGUAGUAGUAGUAAAUUUAUUUCAGGCGAAAUGUAACCAUAGUCACAAAGGACAAGCCAUUUUCAAACAAAAACAAAAUGGGCGAAAACAGAAAAACAAAAACAAAAAAAUAAAUAAAAAAAUAAAUAAAUGUCCUGUACACUAAAUCAGGCUGCCUGAAAGGGAGUGGGGAGAAGAAAAAACUUUUAACCCCACCCCUAAUCCACAUUUCUCAAUCACAAUCACUGCCACUUCUACCAACAGAAAAAGAACAAAAUAAGCCGAGUUUGAAAUCAUAAACUUAAACGUGUAUACAUCCUUGUUGAAAAGGAUGUAUAAAAUUCUUUAUUGCUAAGCUCAUGCGCACUGUGAAUCGAAUUAGAACUUCUGUGAAAUUAACUUGUGUUACAAUGCUGCAUUGUAUUAUUGACACCAGGCACCGCCACUUCAAUUCCCUUCAUACCAUACCCCGUUCGUACAACCACACAUAAGCGUAUGUGGAUUAAACAGAUUAACUCAGUUUCAAAAUGUGCCAAAAAAAAAAAAAAGGAAAAUAAAAAAACAGACCAACUUAUUGGUGUCCUGCACUGUGCAUUAAAAGAGGCAAGAUUUGGAUACUGCUGUCAGAAGAGGGUACUCUUCAAACACCAGUCCGCCUCUUGCUAAUCCUGUAGAUAUUUAGAUGUGCUGUUAGUGGCUUUGUGUGUGCUGAACUGUGCAUUAAAAGGAGCAGGUGGUUUAGGUGAUCUGAUACCAGGAGGAAGUCUCAGUCGCCUCCUGCUCGCCCUAUCCUUUGUGUAUUUAAUUUCCUCAUUUUUCUAAUUGCUGAAAGACUGGCACAAAAAGGGAUGGUACUUGAGACUGAAGUGUGUGUGUGUGUGUGUGUGUGUGUGUGUGUGUGUGUGUGUGUGUGUGUGUGUGUCUGUGUGUGUGUGUGUGUGUGUUUGUGAAAAAAAUCUGAGACUCCAUUAAGUUGACAGCUCAGCACCAUGGACAGCACCCUGCGUGCAGGCA